GGGCGCACGCAGACGGGGACGGGACUCGGACGCCAACUCGCACUACUCGUCUCGCCGUCAGCCUGAGAGGAUGGCAGCGGCGGCGGCGGCGGCGGGGAAGGGACGGGCGCUGCCGCUGCUGGCCGUGGCGGCGGCGCUCGCGGCCGCGCUCCUCUACCGCGCGCCCUUCUCCAAGAGUCUGGGCGGGGAAGGGUGCAGCCUGCUGCCGCAGGACCACUUCUGGAUCGCCAGCGAGCGCGUCGUCACGCUCGGCCGAGUCGGCCCCGCCGCAGUGGAAGUGAAGGGAGGGCUGAUCAACGCGAUCGCGGUGGGGGAUUACCGGAGCUUCGUGCUGCGGCGGCCGCUCCUCGACUACGGGGAUGCCGUCAUCAUGCCCGGCCUCAUCGACGUGCACGCGCAUCUUGACGAGCCUGGGCGCGCUGAAUGGGAGGGGUUCUCCACCGGUACAAGAGCAGCUGCCGCAGGUGGCAUAACUACAUUAGUGGACAUGCCCCUCAAUAGCUUCCCUUCAACGGUUUCUGAAGAAACUCUCAAACUGAAGGUGGAAGCAUCUAGGGACAAACUAUAUGUCGAUGUAGGUUUCUGGGGAGGCCUUGUGCCAGAGAACGCCCUCAACCCAAGUAAAUUGGAGAGUCUACUCAAUGCAGGCGUUUUAGGACUUAAGUCUUUUAUGUGCCCAUCUGGUAUCAACGACUUUCCCAUGACAAAUUCAACUCAUAUUGAGGAGGGCUUGGUUACAUUGGCGAAGUACAAGAGGCCUUUGCUUAUCCACGCGGAACGCAUACCGGAUGUUGAGAGUGAUGAGGGCAUCGAUGGUGAACUAGAUCCUCGCUCUUACUCAACAUAUCUGAAGUCUAGACCACCAAUAUGGGAGGAAUCAGCUAUCAGAGAUUUGCAACGUGCCAUGAAGGACACAAAGGUGGGGGGUCGGUCAGAAGGAGCUCACAUUCACAUUGUUCAUCUCUCAGAUGCAGAAACUUCCCUUCAGCUUCUUAAGGACGCAAAGCACAACGGUGCAAGAGUCAGUAUAGAAACCUGUCCUCAUUACCUUGCAUUUUCGGCUGAAGAAGUUCCAGACGGGGACACUCGUUUCAAGUGCUCUCCUCCUAUACGCCAUGCCGCUAACAAGGACAAUCUCUGGGAAGCUCUGCUUGAUGGGCACAUAGACAUGCUCAGCUCAGACCAUUCACCAUCAACGCCUGAUCUCAAGCUAAUGGAGGAUGGCAACUUCUUAAAGGCAUGGGGAGGCAUAUCAUCUCUGCAGUUCGUUCUCCCUGUGACAUGGUCAUAUGGGAAAAAGCACGGCAUCACCCUGAACCAGCUCGCUUCAUGGUGGAGCGAGAAGCCUGCUAUGCUCGCUGGCCAAAAGAACAAGGGGUCCAUUCUGCCUGGAUACCAUGCUGACAUUGUGGUUUGGAAACCUGAGGCGGAGUUCCAACUCGACAACAGCCAUGCCGUAUACCACAAGCACCGGAACAUCUCGGCGUAUCUAGGGAAGGAGCUCUCUGGGAAGGUCCUUUCGACUUUCGUGAGAGGGAACCUCGUCUUCGCGGAGGGCAAGCACGCCGGGGCCGCUUGUGGCGCUACCAUCCUCGCCAAGUAAAAUUAUGAUACACACUCUUUAAGAUAUUUUGUUGAUUGGUGCUCCUGCAGGUACUCUCCUCUUCUGGAUAUACUGCAGGACUGCGACUUCCUGACAGAGCUUGUACAGAUGAUAGAGUUUUGCCUCGACUCCAAUCUUUCUAUGGUCCUUGAUCGGGCCAGUGAGAAACUAGGAACAAUCCGCAAGGAAAGAAGGAGCAACAUCGAAAUUUUAGAAUCUCUGCUGAGAGAUGCAUCCAUGAAGAUCUUCCAGGCUGGUGGUGUUGAUAGCCCUCUGGUCACUAAGCGGCGCUCUAGGAUGUGCGUUGGUGUUAAAGCUUCACACAAGCAUUUGCUGCCUGGUGGAAUCGUUCUGAGUUCCAGUGGCUCUGGUGCGACGUACUUUAUGGAGCCAAGAGAUGCUGUCAAGCUGAACAACAUGGAAGUGAAACUGUCAAGCGAUGAGAGAACUGAGGAAUUGGCAGUAUUGGGCUUACUAACUUCAAGAAUAGCAGAUUCCCGAAUGAAGAUCAGGCAUUUGAUGGGGAAAAUAAUGGAACUGGACCUGGCUUGUGCUAGAGGUUCAUAUGCCCUUUGGAUAAAUGGUGUGAGGCCAGCCUUCAGUGACAGGGAUAACAGUGGUCAAUUGGAUCCGAGUAGUGAUUUUUCAGUAUUUAUCGACGGCAUUCAACAUCCUUUGCUCCUUGAACAGUCUUUUGGGAUUGCAAAAGGAUCAACUGAAGUAGGGAAAGGGCAGCUUUCUGAAGAACACCCUGUCUCUUCAAUGCCUGUUCCAUUGGACAUGCACGUGAAGAGUGAUACUAGGAUAGUUGUAAUCUCUGGACCCAACACCGGAGGUAAAACUGCCACUAUGAAGACCUUGGGAUUGGCUACGCUGAUGUCAAAGGCUGGAAUGUUCUUCCCGGCUAAAGGAAGUCCUAAGCUCCCAUGGUUUGACCAGGUUCUUGCUGACAUUGGUGACCACCAGUCGCUGGAGAAUAGCCUCUCUACCUUCAGUGGGAACAUAUCGCGCCUUCGCAAGAUUGUACAGGUUGUGUCGAGAGAUUCUCUUGUUCUUAUUGAUGAGAUAGGCAGUGGUACUGACCCAUCAGAAGGUGUAUCCCUUUCAACCAGCAUUUUGAAGUAUCUUGCUGGUAGACUAAACUUGGCCAUCGUGACAACCCAUUAUGCCGAUCUAAGCCGUCUUAAAGCUGUCGAUGGUCGAUUUGAGAAUGCUGCAAUGGAAUUUUGUUUGGAAACUCUGAAACCAACAUAUCGAAUUUUAUGGGGAAGUACUGGUAAUUCAAAUGCAUUGAGCAUUGCAAAGUCAAUUGGUUUUGACCAGAAAGUACUAGAUCGUGCACAAGAAUGGGUUGAAAAAUUAUUACCGGACAAACAAAAGGAACGCCAAGGUUUACUUUAUGGCUCCCUGCUAGAUGAAAGAAACCUGCUGGAGUCUCAGGCAAAUGAAGUAGCAUCUGUUCUUUCAGAAGUUGAGGUUCUGUACAAUGAGAUUUGCUUAGAAGCUGAUGACCUAGAUAAUCGAGUAGCUGCUUUGAGGGCAAGAGAGUCUCAAAAGGUUCAACAUGAGUUGAAGCUUGUGAAGUCUCAGAUGGACCUAAUAAUCAGAAACUUUGAAGUUCAGCUUAAGAAUUCAAAACUUGAACAGUACAACUCAGUAAUGAAGAAAGCAGAAGCUUCGACUGCUUCAUUGGCUGCCGCUCAUCAGCCAACUGAGUUUGCUUUCAGUGAUGAUGAAAACAAGAGUUCAUAUGUUCCACAAAUUGGAGACAAAGUGUACGUUGAAGGGCUGGGGGGAGGGAGUCUGGCUACUGUUGUUGAGAUACUCAGUGAAGAUGGUAGCUGUAUGGUUCAGUAUGGCAAAAUAAAGGUCCGGGCCAAGAAUAACAAGAUGAAGUUGGCCCAAAGGGACACGAAGGAAACUUCAGCUUCUUCUUCGGUACAAGGAAAGGGACGACCAGUGAAACGAUCUUCACCAGAGACGAAGCAAGAUGGCAGCAUCUCCUUCGGCCCGGUGGUGCAGACGUCCAAGAACACGGUGGAUCUGCGGGGAAUGCGGGUCUCAGAGGCAUCCCACGAGCUUCAGAUGGCAAUCGACGGGUGCAGGUCUUACCAGGUCCUCUUCGUGGUCCAUGGCAUGGGCACAGGGGCAGUGAAGGAGUGCGCUCUAGACAUCCUCCGGAGCCAUCCCCGGGUGGCCAAGCUCGAAGACGAGAGCCCCCUGAACUACGGUUGCACCGUCGCCUACAUCGAAUGAACAGACCCUCAACGCCUCAUUGAACACAACGACAUGCCAGCCAACUCAUACAGAUCUACCAUCAUACACAGCACACUUGGAAACUAUAUACACAACAGAAUACACAGUUUACAGAUCAAAUCCGAGGCCGACCUCCAAAGACAUUUUUCCUCACCUGAUUCCUGCGAGAAUUGAACUGUGAAAUCAA